AUGGUCGACCGCAGCAAUGAUUACCUCUACACAUGGACCCUGGAGCAUGAGGCCAUGAAAGCCGCAGGCUGCUGCCUCACGCUCUUCGACCCGGCCAAGGGCGCGCCAGAGAUGGAGUUCGAGAUGACGCGGUCGGAAAUAGAACCGAUGGACGUUACCGUCACGCGCGACCGCGGGCUGGGGCAGAGCGACGAGCAGGUGCGGUUCGAGGGCGGGCGCAUUCUCACGCUCCGCGAGGCAGAGUCGACGCGCACCUGGCGCCAGGAACAAGAAAUACACAGUCUGCCGGCGCCGCCGGGCUCGCUGGGCGGCUUCGCAUUCGCCUGGGCCGGCGAGGUACGGCUCACCAAUGAAGACGUCGACAACUGGCGCGUCCAGUACCGCGUGGACGCCGACUGCCCCUGGCCCGACCACCGGGCCUGCCUCCAGUGCCCGCGCUGCGCCCAGCCGGCCGCGCCGGGCGGCGACGCCACGUAUUUCAUGGUCUGGCAGGCGCUUGCGCAGAUCACAGAGACGGGCCCCAAAAUCCGCAUGAUGCCUCGCCUGUUUUGCAGGCCGUGCAUCGAGCGCAUCGUGCAGCUGGCCGAUCCCCGAUACACUCCACCUGCGCCUCUGCAGCUGGCCGUCGCGGAGCGACCUGAGCUUCCUUCCAUGGCGGACCGAAUCUCGACGCUCGAGUCGCUCCGCGCGUCCGGGGGGAUCACCGAGGCGGAGUACGCGCGCGCCAGGGCGCUAGCGGAGCACGCGUGGGAGGACUUCCUCGACUCGACGGAACCCUUUGGCGUGCGGCAUCGGUUCGCAGCUGGUCCAUCGACCGCGUACGACCUGCAUAAGCGGUGGGUGCGGUCGGGGACCUUCGACGCCCUUGUGCGGCUUCUUCACGCUGACUACACCGGCGUGGUGUCCAUCUCGCGGACGGCGAUGCCAGGGAGCCCAUAUAAUCUUCGCGACCCCUCCGCGCGCUGUCGCCGCGAGGGCUGCGACCGCGCUAGAGCGCCGGACGGCCUGCCCCUCAAGACCUGCGCGCGGUGCCGGUCCGUCAUGUACUGCUCGCCCGUACGUCGCGGCGUCCCCCGAAUCUUCGCACCUCACGCGUCGAUGGCUUGGAGGCGGCGCCCACGCCAUCGCCGCGACGCAUCGAUACAAAGCCCAUCUCCACACAGGACUGCCAGAAGGCGGACUGGAAAAGACAUAGGGGGGACUGUCGCCUGCUCAAGGCCGAGCGGCAGAUCAACCACUUUGAGAGGAGGCUCCACGCGGCGAAGGCAGGGUUUAUGUAAUUUUAGUCUAUGA